AAACUUGAAAAAAAAAACCAGCCCGAUCGAUUGCAAUAGGUUGCUCCGCAACCCAAAAUAAAACAACAAACAACAAACAAGAUUCGACGCUUAGCGUCGGAAAGGUUGCGUGGCUCACCUUUAUAAGGUUGUUUCUCUUAGAACUGAAGACCUAUUUUUUUAUAUGCAUACUCUUUUACAUAGGCUAUAUUUUUGUAAUAAUACAAAACAAGGAGAAAACCUACUACGACUGGAUUUCAAAAUUUUAAGAAUACUAAAUUGUCUCAUAUUUUUAUUAUUAAAAAUGCCGGUGAAUCUUCGAUGCAUUUUUUUUAAGUAGACCAAAAUAUUAUACUAUGAGCAACCGUUUUCGUAACACUCCCUUUGGUGUAGAAUGAUGCCUUCCAUAAAUUUCGUAACUGUGCUGAUGUGAGCUUGCCUUCCCACGCUGGCGAACGCUCCCCAGCGCUGAGUCACGGCACUCUUCGUCCCUCCCUCCUUCCUGUUCGACUCACUAGCCAACUCCUCCAUAGCUCGUUCUUGCUCGUUCUUGCACCGUCUAACUUGGCUCUCACAAUGUCAGCUUCUUACCCCUCUGCGUCGUGCCUUACCAAGCUCAUAGCUAGCUUACUUUUCUUGGUUCGUGAUUCUUUUCAUCAUCUUCUUCACUGCUGUUAGCUCGUCUUAGUUAUAUAUGUUCCAUUAACUGCAGCUUGCCACGCUCGUUGGCGCCUUGUUUCUUUAUACCCCUUGCACAAUGUUUUUUUUCAAUAUAGUUUGCAUAUCCUCCCAUUUUUUUUCACCGACGAACCUUUUCCUUCCCUCUCACCCUGCUUCCCCUCCUCCUCCCUCGUUUCACUCUUGUACCAUUUCAGACUUGCUUUCUCAGGGCAUCAAGCAAGAACUCACUCGCCACCCGAGCUCGCAUCCUCUCGCACCUUACUUAACUGCCGUCCAUGAAAGACGAGUGGGUGACUGCCGUGAGGAGAACGUUCCAGAGAUUUUCUCGGAGCGGAGGAGUGGCUCGGAGUGAGUGAGUGAGUGAGUGAGUGAGUGAGUGACGAGCGAGUGACGAGUGAGGGAGUGACGAGCGAGCGAGGGAGUCUCAGGCUCAGAACGGUUCUCGAAGAGUCCCCCGAGAAAUGGAGUCGAUGGGCUCGCUGACGGACCCAAUCAUAGUCCCCCCUGAUGGACCCCCUGAUGGACCCUCUGCGUUUUCUGACUCUCGUCGCUCAAGACGCCUCUCGAGUGGAGCUAUCAGCCGGACUGAUAUCGUUUUUUUCCGCACACAGCUUUCACAGGACGGUCCUUCAGCAGGCCAGGGAUUCAUUCCCCACGUUUCUUCAGCCAAGUCGAUUCCUCGUGCUGCUGUGUUUCCGCGAUUCCGAGCUCCCGCGUGCGUCUUGGGGCGACUUUUGAGUUCACUCACAAGUCAGCUCGCGAUUCUGAGCUCCCGCGUGCGGCUUGGCGCGUUUUGAGGAGCUUUGACAUGCAUGCAUGCAUGCUUUCACGCGGCGACGUUCGUAGCUCGUCCCUCAUGCAGCGACGACGUACUAAGGCAGCAGCAUAUUUGACCUAGAUCACGAGAGGGAAAGACUGUGACCUCGUGUGACCUACUAAGCUCAUUUGACCUAAAUCACGAGAGGGAAAGACUGACCUCGUGUGACCUAAGCUCAUUUGUCCUAAAUCACGAGAGGGGAAGACUGACCUCGUGUGACCUAAGCUCAUUUAACCUAAAUCACGAGGGGGAACAGCUGUGACCUCGUGUGACCUAAGCUCAUUUGACCUAAAUGCAAAGGUGAGCUCAUUUCAUGAGAGCGACCUCAGAAUGCUACAUAAUGAGAGGCCCUCAAGGCUGUCGAGCAUGUACGCGGUUGGACGCAGCUGCUAGGUCGAGUGUUACUGCUCACAAGGUUGAUGGCAUCAGGCCUUGAUAAUUAAAUAGUGGGACUUUUUGAGAAAAUUGCCUCAUAAGGUCCAGAUUGCGCUUUAGAAUCCGCCGCUUGUGGCGCACAGCUGUUGGUCUCAAAAUCCCUUGGGAUCGACACCAGGUACACUGCUAAUGGCAGAAAUGGAAGUGGAGAGGGAAAAAGGGGGAAAAGAGGGUGAACGAGAGGAGAGGGAGAAAGGACAUCCGGGUAACCACCAUCCGGAUCGUCAUACACACAAUCCUAGCCACCGUGACGGUAGCCCUCAUCAGCGCCUGCAGCAGCAGAAUCGCAGCCAAUGGCAAUGGCAGGACCAUCAUAGUAACCAGCCGCAGCAGGAGCCACCUCUUCAACAGAAGCAGCAGCAAGCGGAGCAGCAACAGCAGCAGCAGCAGGAGCAGCAGCGCCAGCAGCAGCAUCACGGCCAAUGGCAGGAUGAGCAGGAACCGCUUCUUCUGCAACAGCAGCAGCAUCCAGUGACGUCAGGAUCUACAUCCAAAAAGGACGAAUGGCAUGCAGCAAUAACGUCAGCAUCACCAGGAGCCGAUGGAUGGCAUGGGUUGCUGACGUCACCAGCAUCAGCACCCAUCCUCACGCGAUGCCAUUCACUGAUUCAACGCCGGGAGGUGCCCAAGGGAUCGACGCCCUUCAUCAUCCUGGGCGUCUGCCUCUUGCUGGUACGCACUCUCUGCUUCGGCAUCUUUUCAAACUUCCAGUCCGACAAGGAGCCGGCGAUUCUCCGUGCCUCCCUGCCCCUCCCACUCCCAGACAGUUCUCUUGACCAGUGCUCACACUCUGGUUCGACGUCUUUUCAAUCUUCCAGACUGACGAGGAGCGGGCGAUUCUCCGUGCUGCUGUCUCCUCCACUCUUCCUCGGCUCUCCCGGCCAGUGAACUCAAUGGUUACACGACGGCCCACCAUGCAAUCUCCCGCAGCCGUGCCAAGUGCAUUUUCAGCACCACCAGCAGGGGAAAAUACAGCUCCAGCUGCCGUCACCAUGAGAAGUGGCAGCAGCAGCAGCAGCAGCAGCAGCAGUGGCGGCAGCAGCAGUAGCAGCAGUGGCGGCAGCAGCAGCAGCAGCAGCAGCAGCAGUAGAGACAGCAGUGACAGCAGUGGCAGCAGAAGCAGCAUUGGUGGCACCACACCUGCCAAGUGGCAGCAGCAUCGGUUUAGGCCUAUUGGCAGUGCGAGGCUCUUGACGUUUGAGCAGUUCUCUGCGUAUCGCCUCUCUCCCACCCAGUUUGCGGUCGUGGGGCUGGCGGCUCGUGCCAUGGACGAAGUGAGAAAGGUUGGCGAUUGCAUGUGGGAGCCUGCAAAACCAGCUGGGCUAGGGCAAGCACAGGAGCCAAGAGGAGAGGAGGUUAGGGUUGCCAGUGCCACGACAGAGGGUAGUGGCAGUAGGAGAAGGAGGAGGAGGCUGUUGGGCGAGGAGAGGGGGGAGGAGGCGAGGAGAGAGGAGGGGAGGAGGUUGGAAGAGGUGGAGGUGAAUAAGAAGGGGUGGAUACACGGCAAGGUGGAGGAGCUACACGUGGGGGAACACCAUUCGCUGAAAUAUGCCGGGCUGAUCCUGCUGUGUACUCUUGAGAGGGAAGCGUAUGUGGCACUUGGAGGGCAAUUACACAUGGGCAUGGAAGGGGAGGACGUGGUGGUGUAUGAGGAGCAUCCCGUGGAUGUGGUUGGUGCCGUGACCCAUCCUCCCUUCCUCCACAACAUCACGCACUGCUCUCCCCCCAUACACGGUCAGGUGAACGCGGAGCGCGUCUACCAAUGGAUGGAUGUGCACAUACGGAUGGGUGUGGACCACUAUGCCAUGUACGAUGUGGGCGGGGUGGACGACCACCUGCGGACUGCCAUCCAGCCAUUCCUAGAUGGCGGGAUUGCAGAUAUCACGGAUUUUCGGGAGGUGGUGAACUAUGAGUCAUGGUAUCACGGGCAGGUCAUGAUAGUGAACGACUGUGUCUAUCGCUUCCGCCCCCUCUCCAAGUGGAUCAUGUACCUCGAUUAUGACGAGUUCAUCUUCAUAAAUGGCCAGGAGCGCAUGCCCACCCCUUUGAGCGUGCAUCACUUCCUCAUGCCCUAUGAGGGCAUGCCCUAUGUCAGCCACGGGAGCCUCUGGUGGGACUGUGAACGCUGCCUGCCGUCUGAAGGCCCUGAUGACCCCAGGAGGCCUCUGGAGCGCAUGCUGUGGCACGGGCCGGGGAUCUUCUGUCGGGCCAAGGGCAACAACACGAAAGCCAGCAUGUGCUUGGACCACUACGGGCACCGCAAGCUGUUUGUGGAUCCCAGAAGGGUGCGAAUGGUGGAGAACCACGUGGUUCAGGAGCCUGAAGGGGGAGGUGCGGAUGUGUCAACUGACAUUCUCAGACAUGACCACUUCCAUGGCCUUAUCAAACGGGGCAUCAAGGAGUGCACGCUGGCAAUGAAAGAGCACGACAACAUAACCUGGUGGGCCCGAGGGAGAGAGGAGGCGGACCGAAUGCAAUACGUGCGCACACACCCCCUCAACAUGCCGUAUCUUGUUGCGUCACACAGGUGGUGGAGGGAGUUUGUACAAAGAACCCAUCAAGGCCUGUAACGGUGGCAACCGUUGAGGGCUAUCCUUCCUGGCACAACGUUCCCGGCGAGGUGAAGCGUAUAUGUGACUAUCGUAGGGUAUUACAACGAUUGAUCAAUCUUCUUAAGAGCUGUAAUCUGACCACACAUCCUCAUGCCCCAAGCGGCGGGAGGGAUAAAGAAUCGUAGACUACGUAUGCUUGUCAAGAGACACGCUGGGGUUGCCUCGAUCCUCGGGGAAGGGCUACAGGCCAUCUCUCUGCCUGGGGGGUUACGUAGUUACAGAUCAGCCUCUCUGACAAAACUCGAGUCGCACGAUGUGAAUGCCGGGUUUCGAGUCAGUGAAUGACGGGUCAAGCAAUUCUUGCUGUUUUUUUGUCCUUGAUACAGCGAGAGCUUCGAUGAAUAUAUAUGCAAAAUUGGU